AUGAACAAUCCAGAUCAUCUACAGGACAUCUUUUUCGAAAUCUCCAAUUACCUCCCCUUCAGUUCUCUCGUUGCGUGGUCGCUCACAUCUCGCACACAUUACGAUGCGCUUACGGGAGUCAUCCUGCACAAACUGGGCGGCUGCGAGUAUCGUCCCUUGAAAGAAUGGAGGGAUGAGGUACGCCCCCAGUACUGCCCCCACCUCCAUAACCGUCGUCAUAUGCUGGACAUUCAUGGAGGAGACUUGUAUUUCACGACCUUUUCGCGGGCCGCAGUCCUGGUGUGGGCAGCCUCACUGGGACAUGUCCGGACAGUCAGGAACAUUCUAUCCGUUGAAGAGAUGGGGCCAUGGAUUGAUAUACCCGUCCUCAGCUCCGGACACGGAACGUCGCUGGGGUCGCUCGGCAUGACUCCUCUCCACGCCGCUGCCGAUGGAGGCCAUGCCGGUGUCAUUGACCUUCUCGUCGAAUACGGAGCUGACGUGGAGGCGACCGUAGCUGGAAACCUCCGUCCUAUUCACUUUGCCAAAAACGAGAAUGUCGUCAUGGCGCUUGUGCGACACGGGAGCUCAAUCCAUCCCCAGGGGAAAAGCUCCGUGCCCCCGUUGACAUAUAUCCUUACCAGGAAUCUCGAUUUGAGCGCCGUCCGCUGUCUGGUAUCACUUGGAUGCGAUAUAAAUGCUCCCACAUGGCUUGGGGUAACGGCUGUAGAUGCAGCUAUUCAAGCCGGAAACACAGAGGCACUAAAGCUGCUGUUGGACGCAGGGCCAGACCUUUCUCACUGGACAUCGGGGGUUGACUCUUUGAUAUCCGAGGUAGUCGGCUACCAUCAGAGGUUCCGGCCUUAUGUGGCUCUGCGGAUGAUGAGGAUCCUCACACAGCACUAUGUUACUCACGAUCCGAAGACCGCGGAGAGUAGUCUCCGACGACCAGCUGAGGUAGGCUCAGCUAGUGACUUAGAAAAUGCCCAUGGUCCAUUUGGCAUGAUCUCUGAAGAGGGUAUAAUGGUCAUCAAACGUCUACUGUUGGACACAACAAAUGCCGGAGUCAGUCGUGAACUCCCGGACACGGACCAAUAUUUGCACAUGGCCAACACACUUUUGCACUAUGGAGAAUCCCUUGAUACCUACCGUGAAAACUCAAGAUCGGCCAAAUUUCUCUCAGAUCAUAGCCAGAAUUACCCAGAAUUUCUAGAUUGGAUAUUCAUGUUCUUACUAGAUCAGCUGGCAGGCAACUUGAUGCUGCACAGUUACCAACAUCCCAUCCAGCAGCCACCCAUCCACACUCUCUUCACGCGAGGGUACCGUCUGUUCAAAUCAGAUGCCAACACAGGGAAUGAUACUAGCGUCUUCGAGCGGCUCCUGGACUUUGGGGCGGAUCCAAAUGAGCGCGAUAGUGAGGGCAAUACUCUGCUGGCACUACUCUGCCAGCUCCCCGCCGAUACCUUUGAGAAUAAAAGCUGUGCCAUGCAUGGGACAGUAUCGUGGGUCUCGGAGUCGCGUAACGAAAGGUUCUACAUUUGGUACCUUGACUCGGUAUCAAGCCAAGACUGCAACCUCGACGUUCGCGACUCAAACAAGACGGUUUAUCUGGGUAGACUCCCGGUGAUGCCAUUACCAUGUUUGUUACGACACAAGAAGAAAAGGAACUUCAUGUGGCAUCGAGCACACUUUCUCAACUUCCUCCUCAAAAAGGGCGCUGACGUCCAUAAAAGGCAGGGACCGAGUCUGGAUAAGCCACUCUGCGCGGGAGGGACACCACUACAUUUUGCUUGUUACGACGGCGAUCCUGCCAUGGUGAAGUUGCUGUUUGAACAUGGCGCUGAAGGGGACGUCAACCAGCUAUCCGACAGUGGCUUAACACCGCUGAUGGUCUUGGAGACUGUGGGGCGCAAUGGAUUGCUUGAAAAAAGCCAAUUUGAAGAGAUAAAGCAGCUUCUUUCAGAUGCCGGAGCUACCUAG